AUCAUCUACUCACCAGCAGAGACAAAGGGGGCGGUGAGAUAAAUGAGGCCUGCAGCGAGCUCAUCAUCCCCCUCCUCAGGACUGCAGCCAUGGCGUUCUCCACUCCCGUAUCUCUUCGGAGGUGUGGCAGCAAUGAUGUGUCUCAUCGCCGUAGCACUCCUCGUGCUUGCUUGCACUCGCCACAAGUCGUCCGAGGAAGACUCCACGCCGCCAUGCACGGCCGAGAAGCCUGUGGUCGUCCCUCUGGAAAUGGAACCUCGCGUCGUGGUCGUCAUGGCCGGCGACGACGUCCCCACCUUCAUCGCCAAGCCCCUCCCUCCCGUUGCAUGCGAUGAGCAACGAGCAUAAAAGCCUCAUAAAUUUAUUUCCUCGUCAUAUCGCAUGGAGAGAUCCAUCAGCUUUGUCUCAUCCUUCUUCUCCACCCCACAAUUUUGUUCUGAGGAAGCUAAUUAGUACAAUACUCCUCCACCAUCAAUCAAUACGCAUGAUUUGGUGUCUGAUCUCUUUGACUCUGAGCAAUUAAGUUCUGUAA